CAAUGCCAUGGGAUUGACUGAGGCAGUCUCAGUGUUGCCCUGCACAGGCUGAGGCAAGUCUCAAAUUUUCCUCUUUAUUUUGUGUACUCGAGGGGCCUCACAGCCUUGUGGCUGUUGGAUACAGGUGUCCCCAAACUUGCAGCAAGUUUGGUGAUGGCCCCCAUUUUGUUUAAUUCAGGGGGUUUCACCUAACUAACUGUCAUAAGUAAUUUUGGUUAACAAGUGAGACUUACACCAGACUUGGAUAUGAAAUAACAAUUCUGGCUUAAUUUCAACCUGCUAUUGCUUACCACAGUAAAUACGUUCAAACUGGUAAUCUUGUCAAUGCUUUAACUUUUCAAUGAGACUGCUGUGGUACAAUUGCUUGCUGAUCUGUGCAAACAACCAUAAUUUCAUUUCCCCCACAAAAAAAUAGGAUCGAUAUACAUUUUCAUUUAAUUACCAUAUCAUUAAAGACCUGUAUACAACUCCAACUCCUGUGGAACGCCAAAAGGCCUGAGUGCAUUUGUCCAAACAAUGGAUGUCAAUGGGGUCAAUCUGGUUAGGUUACCCACAUAUUUCAACACAAAUAUAUUUUGGUUCCUGUAGAAGAAAGUCAUACAGGUUUGUAAUGACAUGAGGAUUAGUAAAAGAAGUUUAAUUUCCGGCAGAACUAUCCCUUUAACCUGAGUGUAUUUUCCACCCUGUUAAGUAGUUGCAAUUUAAGGCACACACCUUUCAUCUCUUUUUGGAUAAAGAAUUUUAGAAGUGCAUUGUUAUUUACCUAACAUUGUUGUUUUUAACCCUACAGGCAGAUUAUCUGUAAGGCUUUGCUUGUUAGUGCAUUAUUGUUUAUAUCUUGUUCAUUUGUGUAAUUUGAAAGGUAAGUUGGAUCAUGGUAGUUGGUAUCUUAUAUAUUGUCCUGUGGCAUGUGCAAGUUAAAAAUAACUAUAAUAAUUGUCUUAUACAGCACUCCAGAUUAAUAAAAAUAAAUGUAGUUCUAAAGAGUAAUGUGUUGAAAUUGUUUUUAUGAAACAUGUUUACAAAUUCUUGUUUGGGGUGGCAGCUCAGAAUAUCUUCCAAUGAUGUGUUCUACAGAUGGAGGUGCAAGUUUAUUUGCAUUACUUGGGGAUGUGCGCUACGACUAAUUUGACAGUCGUUUAAACGAAGGUUUUGUAACCGUGUAGUCGACUAGUCUAAAACUAAGAGUGGACCAGAAGGCGGUCCACAAACUUUGCGUAGGGCCUAUGUAGGCCUAAUACACUUUUUAAAACGUAGGCUAUUAAUCAAACUGUUCAUAUCCAAUAUUAAAUGUCACUAAUACAAGCGUGUGUCCCACUUUUCUUACCUUAUGAACAUUAAUAUUUCUACAUUUGCUGAUAUGCCAACCCUGACUGGAUCAUUUUAGCGGCUGUAAGAAGUGACGCGUUUGUUUAAUAAGCAGUUGUUUGCUUUGGCUGGUCUGUGCCUGGCCUUAUUAUAUGUAGCUUAUACAAUAUUCUUUUAGUUUUUUCCUUUUAGUCUGUUUUUUGGACUCAAAGUUCAAUUAAAUGCGUCUAUAACACAGAAAUGUAUAGAACAGGCUAAACACUCAAGUCCACAUGUGAUUAAUGUUAAUAUUAUUUUACAUGUUCUUGAGGAAACGCAAGCAAUAUUCUCAGAUGAAAGUCAGCUCGAUGUUUGUGAGGAAACACAGAUAAGAUUGCUAAGUGAUCAUGUUUAUUCAUGCAACAUUUUUGUGAGAAAGAUUUCUUCAAAGAAAUUUCUGUGGAUCUAAAAGCAGAGACAUUCUCAUCUCAGUUUUAUUUAGUGUGCUCAAGAUGCAUUCAUCUUAUUUACUGUUAAUUCUGCCAUCAAAUAAUGUCAAUCUGUCUUUAAAGCAUUUUAAAUAUCAAAAUGUAUCAAUUGUUUACAUAACUGUGUUUGCGUUAGAUUAUCUACCUUUUCGUUUUGCUUGCAUUCCGCACUUCCGUCUGGAUUAUCCGCAGGGGGGCAAUGGUCACGCAUGGGUCCAGUACAAUUAUUAUGACCCUUUGAUAUGACAUAAUUUGUGUAAAACCUGCCUGUUUUCCUCAAACACCCCCACAACUCGUCUUUCAAGUGGUCAUUUCUACACGUGCUGCAAUUGGGACGAAGGAAACGCAUGCUAGAUCUGAACUCAAAUUUAAACGUUUAAUUUCUGAUACACUUUUAAAGACUAUUAAUAAAAGAAAUCAAACAUGUUGUUUAUGUAAUUUAAAAGGUUUUUAAACGCACACAAAAAGUUAUUUAAAUUACUUUCAUUUUAAUGUGUCGUGUAAUAGACUUGUUUUCUAUGUGGACUAGUUUACCGUGUAAACAACUUGUCGAUGAGUCUCGCACAUCCCCUCUUAUGAUCGUGUUUAUGAUGGAUUUGCAUGAUCCCUAGUUUACCUUUGAUAUCCAUACACAGAGGGGUCUAAUAUAAAUGUGGUUAAGCAUCUAUUCAAGCAUACUGUGAGCUAUUUGUUGCUCUUUUCAUCGUGUUUUUAGCCUAUAAGCGUUUAUUGUUCGGUUAUCCUUGGAUUUUAUCAAAAUGUCAGAAGCCAGUUUACAUGUUAGAUUUAUGAUCUACAUUUUAUUGUGCUCGCAUCAUUUAAAGGAGUUGGGGUUUUGCACUGCACCUUUAUCAAGGAUCUGUCACUGUAAAUAAACUACUAAAAGUGUGAAGCCUUCACAUCAGUCCCCAGCUGUUUGGUGUAUAUUCAUGUUUAUAUCUGCUUGUUCACAUUUACAGUGUUCUUUAUGCAUGGGGUAAAUAACACAAAAAAAUGUGAACGUUCCACUUUUGAUGGGUAGCGGUUUGGUUAAAAGCAAGAUCUUUGCUUUUCCUACUGUGGUUUUUGUCUAGGUUUUCCCCUCCUACUCUGAACUGACAUAACUCCAUUGUUUAAAUUUUUGUCUGUUAGUAUUAAAAUUUGCCUGUCAAUUUUUUUUGUUUUUUUACUUGCCAGUAGAGUGCAGCACAAACAAAGUAAAAACAUGUUUUGACAAAAACAAAAGUGCAGUGUGGUUCUUUUGUAUAUAAUGUUUUUCAUUUUGGUGCUUCAGACAAUCUGAAAUGGAUUCAUAACAAAAUAUCAAGUACAAAUCUAUAAAAAUAUGAAAUGUUGUUUUUCCCUUGAUGAGAAAAUAAUGUGUGCAUGGAAACGUUUCCAGGUAUAUGUACUUUAACUUGCAAUCAAGUUUUAUUUUCCAUUCUAAAGGAUUGUACACUUAGAUUGGAUCAUUUUGCAGACAAGACAUUCAGCCAAAGUGACUUAGACCAUUAAAUGCAUUGCACAUUUAUUUUAAGGUGCCAACCAUAAGAGUGCACUAGCAAAUCAAUAUACUUUUUAUGUAGCUUUUAAACUAAAGAUUUUAGGUCUAAUCAAAUUGUUUUUAUAAGUCACUUGUAUUGUUGGAUUAAAAUAAGUUUUAACAGUGUAGUGUAUAAAGCUACGUGUUUGCAUAAAGAAUUGUGAGAUGUAGGUCUAGUGGGUUAAACCACUGAACUGGUAAAUCAAAGGUUGCUGGUUCAAUCCCAGCAGCCACCACCAAUGUGUCCUUGAGCAAGACACUUUACUCCACGUUGCUCCAGGGGGAUUGUCCCUGUAAUAAGUGCACUGUAAGUCGCUUUGGAUAAAAGCGUCUGCCAAAUGACUAAAUUAUAAAGAAUUGAAGCGAACGAUAAAAGAAAAGCAUAGUUUAAAGUUAGACAGGAAACUUGAAAGUAAGUGAGUGUGAAACUGGUGUGGCUUCGGUUGUUUCUUUAAGGUUGUGGUGAGCUCUACAGAUUGAGUGGAGGCUGAUUUCACCGGAGAGAUAAAACUUAUUUUUUAUGAGUGAUUUGGUGCCUUUUGAUGGUACAACCAGGUGUCCCUCACUUACUGAGCGGAAAUUGCGGAAGAGAUGUACAUUGUAUCCGUUGGAGAAAGACCAGUUGGAAGUGGGCUUCGAUUCCAUCAACACGACUAUUGUGUGCGUCUGAUGAAUUUCCUGUGUUUGUAGGUAGAGCUCUCUGCUCGUGUACACUAGCGGAAGCAGACUGAACAUCUGUGUACUAAAAGCGAGGUAUUAAACUUUUUAACACACCAUGAGAGCCUGCUUGUUUCUUGGAUUUUUAUUGAAGCAGAUUUUUGACCUUUCAGCAUCUCAAGAUUUUCAAUACAUUGAAAGGCUUGAGGGGGAAUCGCUGGAUAUUGUUUUUACAGCACAACAAAGAAACUCAAGACCAUCACUUCUGUACCUAAGAAGCUUCGCUCAUUCAGAAGUUUUGAACAUCUCUGAAAAUAUAGACAAGAAGCCAGAUAUUGAUGGACGUAUCAGAAUCUCUGCAUACCUGAACUCGGGCACUGUUAAUGUGACUCUGUCAAAUUUAAAAUACAAAGAUACAGGACUUUACGUCUGUGAAUUCCUCUCAGAAAAUCAACAUGCGCAGACAUUGGCUAACAGGAACAUCCUACUACUUGUGAAGGUAGCAGGUGAGCUACGCUCUUGUGACAGACAUUCUUGGGUGAUCUACAUCGUGUCAAUAUUGACAUAUUUGCUUCUGCUCGCAGCCAUCGCAUUCACUGUGGUACAUUACAAAAAGCUGCAUAAGCGACAAGAGUCUCAGCAUUCAAUUCCAAUUUACGAAGACAUGGCAAGAAAUAGUAACACUGCAGACCUCCAUCAGGUCCCUGAAACAGCUGUUCCAGACUGGACCAACAAUAAUCAGAAUAUGCUGGAGAAUUACUAUUCCUCACCUCAGAGUAAAGAAUGAACCCUAAAAUACUGACAUUAAUUUGAUUGUAAUCGUGGUUCUCGUAGCUAUUGUAUUAUUGUGUCUACACACUGUGAUAUGAGGUGUAAUACACAAGUACUGUAACUGAUUAAAAUGAUUCUGUCAUAGUAGAUUUCAUGAAAUCAAUUGAAUAAACUUUACUUUUUACAAUUGUGUUCUUGUC